CGUGGACAUGAUAGUCAGGAAAAAUACUAAACCGUAGAAAUGGAAGUUGUUGUCGGCACUUAUGACGAGGUUCUGCUCGGUUAUAAGAUAAUUAAGGUUGCACAGGAAUACCAGUUUGAUCAGAGUUUCACUGACCAUUCACACAUGGGAUGUAUAAAGGCUUUGACAGUGUCUAGGAAGGGAAUCCUGGCUUCGGGCAGUACAGAUGAGACUAUUCGCUUGAUUAACCUGAAGAAGAGGACAGAACUUGGCUCUCUAAUCCAACAUUCAGGCACAGUGACAUGUUUGAAGUUCCAUCACAGCAGUCAUAUGUUCAGUGCAAGUGAGGAUGGUACUAUAGGGAUAUGGAAGUACUUCACCUGGGAGUGCCUCAAGACUCUCCGUGGCCACACGUCGGCUGUCAACUACAUUUCAAUACAUCCAAGUGGGAAGCUUGCUCUGUCAGUGGGUCGUGAUAAAACACUGCGUACCUGGAACCUGAUUACUGGACGGUCUGCGUACACUACCAACAUCAAACAGGAAGCUACUCAGGUUGUCUGGUCCCUGAAUGGUAACCACUAUGCUGUUGUCUUCGCUACACGCAUUGAUAUAUAUAAUACACAGACUGCUGAAGUCGUUAGCACUGUAAAAACUACACACAGAGUCAAUGAUUUGGCAUUCAUUUCUAAAACAGUAAUGGUGUAUGGAGGUGAGGGAGGACAGUUGCAUUUCUACAACAUCAUCAGUAAAACAACAUUACACAACAUAGAUACACAAACAAACAGAAUACGACAAAUGUCUGUUGUACCUGCUCCAUUGGAGGAAGGUGAAGAGAACAAUGAAAACAAGCAGUGGCUAUUUAUAGCUGCCAGUGAUGGCCACAUCAAGAUAUUCCAAGUACAGCUGAAAGAGGAUGAAGUGGAUACGGUUCUAGUAGCUUCUCAUGAUACCACAUUCAGGCUGACAUGCAUGGCAGUGUCUUCGUUCAAAAGUAAAAUCCCAGACGGCACAAAUGAUGAUUCUCAGAAGCAUGUGACUGAGAAAAUAUUCAAAGUUGAAUCAAGUGAUACAGUGACUGAAUCAAUAGAUGUGCCACAGAAAGUGGUGUCCAGAGACAACACAGCGGAGAAAUCAUGCAAGAAGGGGGCUGCUAAGAAACUGAAAAAAUCACAGAAAACAUCCACGAAAAGACGGGCUGAAUCAGAAUCGGAAGAUUCUGGAACAAAUGUGUCGCAUGAUGUGAUAGAUGUAGACAGUGAGGACAGUUUCACACCAGUUAAAGCAAAGAAAGUGAAAUUUACUAAUGAAAAUGUUGAAAAAGAGAAAGCUCGCAAGAAACUGAAACAACGUAAAGAAAAGAAAGAAAUAGUAAAAACAAAACGUAAAGCAGUUACUCAAGGUCAACCAAAGAAAAAGAAGAUAAAAUCUUGAUUUACAAUAAAAU